GUUCAGCUGGUGAACCAGUAGAGUAUGUAGCCGUGCGGGCAAUCAUUUGACUAUUAUUAUAUAUGGACAAACAUAAUAUUUCGCAAUUGAAAUUUCUGACAGGUCAUUUUCUUAGAAAUUAAACUUAUGAAGGCCUGUAAUCAACUUCCUUUAGCUUACAACAACGUUGAAUAGUAUCCUAUUAAGAAGAAUGUUCAGUUCUCAAUAUUAUACAUACAUAUUACGUGUUAUUUGUGCUUUUAGAGAUGGAGAAAAAUCAUAACAUGGACAAAGUAAUACCUAGUCUUCAAAUCACAAGUCCUCCACUUGCAAGUUGCUGCCUCUUAAUCCAUCCAACUUUGUUUAAAUUGACUCACCGGCCAUUUUUGCAACAAGAAGGGAUUCUGUGAAGAUGAUAAGAGCCACAUUAGUUGUCUUUUUUCUCCUCCUGGUAAUUACGAGUACUCAUUUGGGUUAUAGCCGUUUGGUAAGCGAGAAAACGAGUUUGGUAUCUGAUGGUAUAGGCGGCCACGCAAGGCAAUCAACUCCCAUUGUUGAGUUGAAAUCAACAGUGACUUGCGAGCCGACUUACGGAUUCUUGCCAUGCACAACAGAGAUAUGGGGACAGCUGUUUCUGAUUGUGGUGUAUGAGUAUUUGUUGUUCCUGGGAGAUCAAUAUGUUGCAGCUGGAUCAGAGCUAUUCUUCAAGAUCAUAGGACCUGGUAUCUUUGGUGCUAGUUUAUUCCAAGUCCUCGGCACAAUCCCAGUUGUUGUACUAAUGCUAGUAUCUGGAGUUUCAGCAAGCUAUGAAAGUGUUCAAGAACAGGCUGCUAUGAGAAUGAGCUUACUUGCAGGAGCAGCAGUCAUGCAAUUGACACUAGUAUGGGGCUCUUGUGUUGCUUUUGGCAGCUUCGAUAUUUCGGAGACCUCAACUUCAUCAAAUACAGAACAAAAGAAACCAUUUAGUCUAACUGGUUUGGGUGUUAAAACUGAUGCUGAUACUAGCAAAACAGCAAAACUCAUAAUUAUAACCAUGGUUCCAUUUCUCAUUCUCCAACUAUCAAAAAUUCUGAAUUCAUCUUCCGGGACACGAAUCACAGUACUUGUUACGCUUAUUGUUACGCUUGCUCUCCUAUUUGUUUACUGCUUCUAUCAGGUAUUUCAGCCAUGGAUUCAGAACAGGCAAUUUGAGUAUUUGAUGCUCAAAUAUGUGAAGAACAAGUUGCUAAAAAUCCUCUCUAGUCGUGGCAAACCCAAUGUAGCACUUAUAAAAGAGAUAUUUCAUGAAAUCGACAAGGAUAAUAAUGCAUACAUAUCAAGAGCAGAACUGAGAGGGCUAAUCUUAGGAAUACAGUUACAAAAUCAAGUUGGAUUGAAUACAGACAACACUCUCGAAAAGGUCAUGGAAGAAUUUGAUUCCUCUGGCGAUGCUCGUAUUGAAGAGGCAGAGUUUGUGAGAGGAAUUUCAAAAUACAUAUCUGAUGCCAAGCAGUCUCUUGACACUAAAAACCAUAAUCGUAAAACUAGCAAGAAUACUGGGGAAGAAGGGCAGGGGUUGGUGGCUCAGAAGGAGGACACUACUCCGAGUGCUAGCGUUUCUUGGUGGACUCAUUUUGAGGCUGCAUUCCAGUUGCUUUUCGGAACUGCUAUACUACUCCUCCUUGCACAACCCCUCAUUGAAACCGUAGCAGAUUUUGCUACUUCUGCAAAUAUCUCUUCAUUUUAUGUCUCCUAUGUUGUGAUACCCUUGGCUAUGAACUAUAGAAUGGCAAUGGGAACAAUUAAAUCUGCCAGACAGAAGACUCAAAAUGCAAUUUCCUUAACAUUGUCUAAGAUUUAUGGAGGGGUGUUCAUGAACAACAUGAUGGGAUUAGCCAUGUUUUUAUUACUUGUUUAUAUUCGGGAUCUGUCAUGGGACGUCUCAGCUGAAGUUCUGGUAAUUCUAGUAAUCUGCACACUGAUGGGUGUCUUUGUUAGUUUCUGCACCAAAUUUCCACUCUGGACAAGUUUUGUGGCAUUUCUUCUUUACCCCAUUUCUCUACUGCUGCUAUAUGUUCUUGUCACUGUGCUUGGAUGGUCUUAGACUUCCAAUGCUCAUACUACUACAAUAAGAUGGGGCAAUAAAUGUAACUCCAAAGAAAAUAAAUUCAAUAAAUGAGCUUAUAUUCACAAACUUGUGGCGGGCUUCAUUCCACCAUAUCUUCUGCAUCAUUUUGACAGAUCAAGCAUUGUUUUGUAAUGAAACUGCCAUUUCUCAAGCUCGUAGUUACGAAGGAAGCUUUCGAGACAUUUCUAGCAUGUUCCAUAUCUCUAAGGAGUUCUCUCUCCACUGGAUCUUAGAAAUUGUAGUUGUGCGCCUUUCCGACUUCAAAAUUGUUGCCGUUAGUAUAAGUUGGAUUAUGAUUUGAUCAAGUUAAUUGUUCUUUUGAAACACGUGUAUUUAUCAACAUAUUUUAGCAAAUUGGGAAUGUUUGCAAUUGUAUACUGUAAUUUUGAUAUUAAUAUUGCAAUUCUUGAGUACAAUAUAUAUAGGGCAUAGGUUAAAUUGCUGUUU